AACUAAUGUCAAAGUGAAUGAAUGAAACUCUGAAGAAGUAUAACCAUUUUCACCUAAAACUCUCUCUCUUUCCUUUUUUUCCUCCUCAUUCUUCACAUUUCUUCAUCUUUCACUGGAUAACAUCCACUCUAUCAUCCACAAUAUCUUCAUCUUCAUCUUCUUCUCCAUUGGUAUCCAACACUUCUAGUCUUUACUUUCUCAUUUUGAAUGCGUUUACCUUUUUUUCAGCUGAUGAAAAUCAAGCCUUAUAACCAACCAUGUCUCAUUAAUACCAAUCGACUCUGUCAAUCUUAUAGUACUUGUUCUUGUCUAAUUGGAAGCAAGCAAAGUUUAUUUUCAUUUAUUGUUUCAUUAAUUGUUAUUAAUCUUGUUAUCCUGCUAUCAAUCGUAUCUCCAUCUAUUCUAAUACCAUCACCAUCAUUACCAGAUUCAUCUAAAAGUGAUUACCCACCAAACCAGUCUAGUGCAUUUCCAUUGCCCUGGACUGUUACCCAUUUUCAAUAUCCAUAAGAUGGUUAUGUUAAUAAUCAAGGAAUCAUGUCAAGCUCACCAUCAAUUACACCUUCAAUCAAUUUAAAACUGGGGUAUAACUGGAUAGAUGAAUUCAAUUAAUGACCGACUCUUGAUUCAGCUAUGCUGAUUAGCCGAUUACACCCAGUUGUUUGUUAUAAUUUUUGGUUAUUAUUAUUAUUAUUGCAAUUAUUUCUCAAUGUUACAUUGGUUACGAGUGAUGAUCUCAUUUACUCGGGUUCAGGGUGUUUCGAUGAUGAAGAAAAGUGUACAGAUUUCGUUGAUAUGGGAUCAGGAGAUGAUCUAAUCACACCUGUUUACAUUCCGCCCAAAAGUGGUUUAACCACGAGCCCAUCUUCGUCUUCGUCUCCAUCUCCUCUUUCAACUUCUAAACCUCACCAAGUAACGACACCAGUUUCAGAGGAAGUCGAUGAAGAGGAUGAAGAAUGUGUGGACGAGGAAGAAGAUUGCAUCGAGGGAUCAGCUUCAGGCGAACCCUCUUCUUCAUUGCCAUCCUUAAGUUCGUCUGAAAGAACAGUUAUAAUUACCUUAUCUUCGCCAUCACCUUUGUCACCACCCAUAUAUCCUUUAUCCUCAACAACAGUUUCAACAACUACAGUAUGGAAUCAGUGGACAGUGCCCAGUUAUUUAAGACCGUCACCAUCACCAGAAGAGCCAAUUAUCGAUUAUGAGGAGCCAGUACCGCGAACUCCUCGACCAAUGCCACCUCCAUUACCGAUUCCACCUCGACCUUAUCCAACAACUAAACUUCGUUUACCCACACGUCCAACAGGAACACCACCAAUAAUUAACGUACCUUUACCAGAAAUGCCAACAUCAAUGGUUGAAGAAAAGAGUAAAGUAAAGCCAACAUUGAUUACCCAUAAAAGCUCAGCUGAUACGACAGCAAUGAUCAUUGGCUUAAUUGCUAUUGUUUUAAUUGUGAUUGUGAUUGUGACUCCAUUGUUUCUGUUUCUUAAAGUUCGAUAUCGAUCUGGACCAGCUUAUAAGACUGAAUCAACGAGUAAAAAUUUUCGCUUCCUUCCGGUUGCUACUGGAGCACCAACUUUGCUCACCUCAGCCUCUCAAUCUACUCAUUUAGGCGGUCCACUUCUUGAAGGUUCAACCGUAGUUCAUAAAGGGACAAAGGUAACGGCAAGCGGGAAAAAGAAAGAUGGAAUGGAAUGGUACGUUUAGCCUAGAAGAAAAAAAUUGCAACAAUCAAUGGAUUACCAAUACUUUUAAAGAUCAACCUCAAAGCAAUCAAUAAGUUAUUUAAAAGUGGCAGUAAACUGCGAUUUUUAUAUAUGUUUAUUAUUUUGUAGUCCUUUUAGCAAUCAACGGUCACCUUUAAAUCAGAGACAAUUAACAAUCUUUGCCUACACAAUUUUAAAUCAUUACUUACCAAAUAAUUUCAUCACUCAUCAAGAAAUCCAUUUACACUUUUUUCAUCGCACCGUCAAAUCACAUCUUCAUUGUUAUGAAAAAUUGACUCAAUCAACAAUCAUAAUCAUCAAUCCAUCAACUCAAUUGUUGAUUCUCAAUUUUUAUCAACCGCAAUCAAAUAAAAGCUAUAAAUCAUCUACCAAAGACUACAUCAUCAACCGUAAUGCGAAUUGUUUCUCUCUCUCUUUCUCUAUUCAUUUCUAUUCUCUUAAUUGUAAUUGUAAAUGACAAUGAGGAACAAAGUUAAAUUGUCGAAUCAACCAUCAAAGAGAUUAAUCCUUUCAUUUUUCUUUGAUCUUUAAUUGCAACGUUUUACUAUCACAAUGUUUUUUCAACCAACAAAAUAACAAUCAGAUAAGACCAGUGUGAAUGAAUGUCUGAUGAGCUUCUGAUUCUCCAGAAUGCAAUAAGAAUUUAAAUCAAUAAUCAAACCAAUAAUGACAAUGUCAAUAUAAAUAUAUGUGUAUAAAAAUGAGAUAAUUAAGUCUGAUAAUCUUAUUUAUUGUUUUUGUUUCUUCAUUUAUCAAUUUCUUUUUUUUGAUAUUACAUUAUUAAAAACAGGGAAUAAAAUGUUCUAGCCUUAAGGCUAUAAGCCAAAA